UCUUCAUUUUUCAUUUCCAAUUUGAGUUUCUUCCUUUCAUCUCUUUCUCAUUUCAUCGUUAGGGUUUUCUAAUCGAGGAAAAAAAGUAAAUUAAUUAACUCCAUCAUGGCGUUGGAGAAGGCUAAAGAGAUUGUGGCUUCUAAUCCCGUUGCCGUCUUCAGCAAGAGUUACUGUCCAUUCUGCGUCCAGGUGAAGAGAUUGUUGACUAAGCUAGGAGUCAGUUUCAAGGCUAUUGAAUUGGACACUGAGAGUGAUGGAAGGGAGAUACAAGCUGCACUUGCUCAGUUUACUGGACAACGGACCGUGCCCAAUGUUUUCAUAGGUGGGAAGCACAUUGGUGGCUGCGAUGAUACGAUGGCACUGAACAGCAGCGGAAGGUUGGUUCCUCUGUUGGCUGAAGCAGGAGCAAUUGCCAAAGUCGCUGCUUAGAGGAGGAGUGUGAGUAUGCUAUUACAUAGGGUACAAAUAGAUAAAUAAACCUAACUUUCUACUACUUGUGUUUUCUUUCUCUGCUGUUUUCAUUUCUAAUGAAAAAAGAAAGUGCUUUCAAAGUGGAUUGUAGAAAUAACUGGAAGGAACCUAUGCUUCCUUUGGAUCUAAUGAUAAAUUUAUGGGGCUUCCUUUGAACCUGUUUGGAUCACAUCGAUUGUUUGGUUGGUUUUGUUUCAUAUAUGUAUAUUGAAUAUUCAAGAUUUAAAUGUCUGGACUCUAAGAGUUAUAAA